AUGCUGGACCCCAAGCACCUCGAGAUCAUCGCCCUAGGCGGCAACGGCUACGUGUACAGAUGCCCCGGCGGCUUCGCCUACAAACAGCACGCCACCCAGCGCGAGGUCGACCUGAUGCGCCUGGCCGGCGACUGCGCCGUGGCGCCGCUGAGCCGGGUGAUGGACGAGGUCGACGGCGGGCUCGUACCAGCCGGCCUGAUCAUGGAGCUCGCGACGCCGUUCAACUUCAAGCUCGUGCCGCCGGCCGAGCGCGCGGCGGUCAAGGACGAGAUGGUCCGGCUCGUCGAGCGCCUGCACAGCAGCGAGUUCGGCAUCGUGCACGGGGACAUCAAGCCGGCCAACUUUGUGCGGUGCCGCGACGGGCGGCUGCGGCUGUGCGACUUCGACUCGGCGCGGCUGGUGGCCGACGAGCGGGCCGACGGCUGGGAGGGGCUCGCCAGCGAGCGGUAUCUGGCCCCGAGCCGCGGCUAUCCCGAUCGUUACGGCCCGCCGACGGUCGUCGACGACGAGUAUGCCUUGGCGAUCUCCGUGUGGGAGCUCUUCACCGGCAAGGACGCGCUGAUUGGCGAGGACAUGGAGGAGGUUUUGAAAGAGGGCAGGACUGUCGAUCUGAGCGAGCUGGAGGAUGAUGACGUCCGCGAGUUUGUCCGCAGCCGGCUACGAAGGGGCGGUGCGAAGGUCUGA